UUUUUUUAAGAAAAAGUCAACCUUUUACUUUGAUAGUAGGAUGCCAUAACUCAAGUGGUAUCCUGACAGUUUUUUAAUUAUUUAAAUUUAUUUUUAUUAGUGUUAAAUACUACAUUAUUAUUUCAGUCACCAGAAUCACCAAAUGGUGUUUUUAUUUGGAAUUUGCUAUUAUCUUAGUGGGUGACCAUGAAGGCAUUGCAUUGAGGAAACUAAGGAUGUCACAUUGCUAUAUAAAACCAGAGCUCCCUACUCAAUAUGCAAGACAAGUUUAAGAUAUUUUCAUUCUUUCUCUAAGUAUUGUUGGCUGCAUAAGCAAAAUGACAAGCUUAGGAAAGUUGGGCCAAUGGCCUUUACUUGUAACUGCUUUGGCAAUUUGCAUAGUAGCCAACACUGUUUUUGCUGAUUACUCUUAUGGGUAUGCUUCUCCCUCACCUUCUUAUGCCUCUAAGAAGUAUUACAAAUCACCAUCUCCAUCCAAGUAUCAUAUACCGACUCCUUACUAUAAAUCACCUGCUCCUUCAAAGUACUACAAAUCACCUACUCCCGCAAAAUACUACUACAAGUCGCCAGCUCCCGCCAAGUACUACUACCAGUCGCCAGCUCCCGCAAAGUACUACAAGUCGCCCUCUCCCGCAAAGUACUAUAAGUCGCCAUCUCCCGCAAAGUACUACAAGUCACCAACUCCCGCAAAGUACUACAAGUCACCAACUCCCGCGAAAUACUACAAAUCACCAGCUCCUUCAAAGAAUUACUACAAGUCGCCAUCGCCGACAAAGUACUACAAAUCCCCGUCGCCUGUAAAGUAUUACAAGUCACCAUCCCCAGCAAAAUAUUACAAAUCACCUGCUCCCUCUAAAUACUAUAAGUCACUCCCUCCACCAAAAUAUUAUAAGUUCCAAGUUUACUAUAAGUCUCCACCACCACCAGCUAAUUAUGAGAAAUCACCUUCAUAUUACAAGUCACCUCCACCUCCUCCGAAAUACUAUGAGCAGUCACCUUAUUACAAGUCAUCUCCACCCCCACCAAAAUACUAUGAGCAAUCACCAUCUUCUUAUAAAUCUCCACCUCCACCAUACUAUAAAGAAUCUACACCUUCCUAUAAAUCUCCUCCACCUCCACCAAAAUACUAUGAGCAAUCACCUAUAACUUACAAUUUGCCAUCUCUACCAAAGACAUAUGAAAAAUCACCAUUUUAUUACUCACCUCCACCACCAGCGAACUAUUACAAGCAAACUCCCACCUAUGCCUCACCUCCACCACCUGAGAAGUACGAGCAAUCCGCCACCUACGCUUCACCUCCACCCCCAUCAGCAUCUCCUCCGCCAACCGUUAUAAACAUCACUGGUGACUCAAAUAUAGACAAGAAAAUAGGGAUAAGCUAUAAUAACAGUGAAGAAGUUGAGGGGGUAAUGGAAGUUUCUAGAGGACAAGAAGGUUUGAUUCGAGUUUACGAAAGAGUAUUGCAGGUUGAAGGAAAUGAAGGUGGGGCAGUUGGGUGUAGAUUGCUUGCAAUUAAAAGUCAAAUUGAAAAUCACCGUUUGUGGCUAAUGUCUGGUUUCUUCUACGGAACUGCUGUGUCGAACAAGAAAAAGGGCGGAUUAGACACCAACCUAAUUUCUAUCCUUCUCUUGUCCCACUAUAGUUGCAAAAUGAGAAGCUUUGGGAAUUUAGGGCAAUGGCCUCUUCUUGCUGCUGCUUUGGCAAUUUGCUUUGUAGCUAGCACUGUUGUUGCUGAUUACUCUUACGGGUAUGCUUCUCCCUCACCUUCUUACAAUUCUAAGAAGUAUUACAAAUCACCAUCUUCACCCAAGUAUCAUAUACCUACUCCUUACUAUAAGUCACCUCCUCCUACAAAGCACUACUACAAGUCACCAGCUCCCGUAAAAUACUACAAAUCUCCAGCUCCCGUAAAAUACUAUAAGUCGCCAGCUCCUGCCACAUACUACAAGGUGCCAACUCCCGCAAAAUACUAUAAGUCGCCAGCUCCUGCCACAUACUACAAGGUGCCAACUCCCGCAAAAUACUAUAAGUCGCCAGCUCCCGCAAAAUACUACAAGGUACCAACUCCCGCAAAGUACUACAAGUCGCCAGCUCCCGCAAAGUACUACAAGACGCCAGCUCCCACAAAGUACUACAAGUCGCCAGCUCCCGCAAACUACAACAAGUCGCCAGCUCCCGCAAAAUACUACAAGUCGCCAGCUCCCGCUAAAUACUACAAGUCGCCAGCUCCCGCUAAAUACUACAAGUCACCAGCUCCUUCAAAGAACUACUACAAGUCACCAUCGCCUACAAAGUAUUACAAGUCACCAUCCCCAGUAAAAUAUUACAAAUCGCCUGCUCCCUCUAAAUACUACAAGUCACCACCGCCACCAAAAUAUUACAAGUCCCCAGUUUACUACAAGUCUCCACCACCACCAGCUUAUUAUGAAAAAUUACCUUCGUAUUACAAGUCACCUCCACCUCCUCCGAAAUACUAUGAGCAGUCACCUUAUUACAAGUCACCUCCACCCCCACCAAAAUACUAUGAGCAAUCACCAUCUUCUUACAAAUCUCCACCUCCACCGUACUAUAAAGAAUCUACACCUUCCUAUAAAUCUCCUCCACCUCCACCAAAAUACUACGAGCAAUCACCUAUAACCUACAACUUGCCAUCUCUACCGAAGACCUAUGAAAAAUUACCAUCUUAUUACUCACCCCCACCACCGACAAACUAUUACAAGCAAACUCCCACCUAUGCCUCACCUCCACCACCUGAGAAGUACGAGCAAUCCGUCACCUAUGUUUCACCUCCACCCCCAUCAACAUCUCCUCCACCAACCUACUACUGAUAUUAAUUAUUCAGUCAUUUUCUGCCAUUUCCAUGACUUCUAAUUCCUUUUUGUCCUCUUAUUUUUGGCAACUCCAUUUCCUCUGCCAAAAUUUGAUGUAUGCUUCCCGAAAUGAUCGGGUUUACUUAUUAUGUGUUCAAUGUUCUUUUGUUUUAAUAAUUUGUAUUAUUUAUUAUUUGGUUUAAGUAAGAUCCUCGAGAUCUCCAUCAAUUGUUCUCA